GGCGCGGCACGCGGCAGUGUGCUCGCAGCCCCCGGGAGCGCGGCAUGGGUGGCGCCCUGCUGCUCGCGCUGCUAGCCGCCGCGCGGGCCGGCGAGCCCAACGCGACCGACUUCGACUAUCCCUCCCCCUCACCAACAGAACCGGAAGACAAACCUGCUCCUCUCUUCCCCACAGACCUCUUCACAGAAGAACAGAGACGCUCCGGAGCCGUCCUGCUCCACGUCCUGGGCAUGGGCUACAUGUUUGUAGCUCUCGCGAUCGUCUGCGACGAGUUCUUCGUGCCGUCUCUAGACGUCAUCAUAGAAAGACUAGCGAUCCGUGAUGAUGUCGCCGGCGCCACGUUCAUGGCCGCGGGUGGCUCCGCACCUGAACUUUUCACUUCCAUCAUCGGGGUUUUCGUUUCGUUCGACGACGUCGGCAUCGGGACGAUAGUAGGCUCCGCCGUGUUUAAUAUUUUGUUCGUGAUCGGUGCGUGCGCGCUGUUUUCCCGCACGACGCUGACACUGACUUGGUGGCCGUUGUUUCGCGACUGUACCUUUUACUCCAUCAGCCUGCUUGUGUUGAUAUACUGUUUUCGGGACAGCCAUAUUUACUGGCAGGAGGCGUUGGUGCUGUUUUCGCUGUACGGGGCGUACGUGAUGUUCAUGAGGUGGAACCAGCCGGUGGAGCGCGCGGUCAAGAAGCUGAUCUACAAGAACAAGGUGACGCGAGUCCGGAGUACGGAUCAGCUGAUGCCAACGCACCAGUCCGCCGCUCAGACGUUGCACGGCAACGCGACGACGUCGUCAGAAACGUCAGUGGGUACAAAUACUGCAACUGCGCCGACGGCGACGGCGGGCUCCAGCAAGGCCCCGCCCCCCGCUGCCAAGUUCCGCCACGGUCUGCUGCAACUCAUGAUUCAUACCAUCGACCCGAUGCACGACGGUGAGUUAGGCAAAGUGGACGAGAAAGCAACUCAGCUGCAUGCGAUAGCGUCCUUGAAGGUGCUCCUCGAAGCCACGAAGCCCAACGCAGGCGGCGCGGGCGCAGCGGCAGCGAGGCACUCCGCUGCGGCCACGCAGGACAAAGAGACGCCACUCGACCUCCCGAACGGAGGUCUGGCGGACGUCCAAUUAGAUGCUAUAGAAGAGAUUGGAGACCUGGAGGAGGACACGACCCCCUUGGACAUGUCGUGGCCCUCUGGGUUCCGCAAGCGGCUGACCUAUCUGUUGGUUGCGCCCAUAGUCUUCCCCUUAUGGAUUACCCUCCCGGACACUAGGACUCCGAGAGGGAAGAAUCUGUUCCCAGUAACGUUUAUAGGAUCAAUAGUUUGGAUAGCGUUUUUCUCCUACCUAAUGGUGUGGUGGGCAAAUGUGGCGGGAGCAACCGCGCAGGUACCUCCUGAGGUGAUGGGCCUGACACUCCUAGCUGCGGGCACGUCGGUGCCCGACCUGAUCACGUCGGUGAUUGUCGCGAGGAAGGGCUUCGGAGACAUGGCUGUGUCCAGCUCAGUGGGCAGCAACAUUUUUGAUGUUACUGUUGGGUUACCUCUGCCCUGGUUGCUCUACGGGUUGAUCAACGGCGAGCCCGUACAAGUCAACUCUAAAGGCAUGGUCUGCAGUAUCGUCCUCCUUUUUGCCAUGCUGAUCUUUGUCAUCAUCAGUAUUGCCUGCUUCAGGUGGAAGAUGAACAGGGGACUUGGCUUCACCAUGUUCCUCCUCUACUUUGUCUUCGUUGCCGUCAGUUUGGGACUCGAAUACGGGUACUUCAAUUGCCCUAGUGAAUAGAGAACUUGAUCGAAUGUCAUCGUUAGUCACAUGAGCAGUCACGCCUAAAAAUUGUGACCGCAGUUUUGAUAUUAAUGUUGUUAUCAAACAUAUUAUUUUUUAGGCGUUGUACUGAUCUAUAUUGUUGAAAUUAGUUAAAUUAUCUGUUGUUUUGUUUAGACUUCAUCACAAUUGGGAACAAAUCAAAUCAUUUUUGAAAACAGUCUCUUAAAUCAAAGCAAUACAUUUCACAGUAGAAUCAUUUGCUAUAAAAGAAAUAGAGUAGAUUUUUUGUACGAGUAGUUAUGAAGCUUUAAAAACGCAAAGAUUGACAGAAAUGCUGUUGGAGUUUUUGGUCAAGGUACAAUGGGAAAUUUGAGUGUGGUAAUAUAUGUAGCAGAGAUUCAUUAUAAAACUGAUGAUUUUAUUGGUUUUGCUUUAAAUAAAGCUUCGAAAAACAAAUAAGACUAAUAUUUUCUUGGUUAUUGUGUUCUUCUUAUUAAAAGUAGACCUAGAUGUGGGCUCUUCACUGAUUUCGUUAAUAUUAUAGUUAUAUUUGGAUGUUGUAAUAGCACAAAAUGUAUAAAAAAAUAAAUUGCUCAAAUAUGUCAUUUAAGUUGUGAUUGCUUUGCUAAAUAGAGAAUAAUUUUAAAUAAUUUCUGAUUAUAAAUACUGCUUGUGAUAGACUAUUGUUUGAAUAAUGUACAAGAGAGAAACGAGCACAGAUAUAGAUAUAAUCAAAGGAGUUUAUUUGAUGAUGUCUUUGAUAGGAGAUUUUAAGAAGUACCACCGAUAAUUCCUAUGAAAUGCAAUAAUUACAAUGAAUCUUCGUGAUGAUAAUCAAAGUGGUGAGACUUUGGAUGCUAUGAAAAAUGUGUACGAUUCAAACAUUUUUUAUAUUGAUGAUACUAAAUUUAAUGGAUAUGUAUAGCCAUCAAUAGAGACUGUAGAUUAUUAUAUAAAUGUUAGUUGUUCGUUAAUAAACUUUGAUGGCGCUUACAAUGACGUUUUAGCGUUUGAUUAUUAUUUUUGGUUAAUAUUUAGGGCUACUUUGAAACAAUCGACUUAAAGAGUCUGUCACAAUAAUUAUGACGCUAGUGACGACGUGAGUGUGAUAAAAAAUUAUAUAUAAUAAAGUUAAAAAUGUCGAUGCUCUAGAGUAUGUACCGAAAUAUUAGAAUGUUCGUGUAUCAAUGUGUCAGGUUUAAUUAUUUUUGUAAAUACAAAUUUAGUUUGUACAAAAGUAGAAAUAUAUGGAUAUAUUCAGGUCGAAAUUGGCCUUCAGUCCGUGGUUGGAUGAUUAAAAUUUUAUUGUAUCGUGAAAUGAACUGCUCCCGGUGUUGUUGUCUCAGCACACAUGGCUAGUAAUGAAAGAGAUGUAAAUACACUGUAGAUGAGGAUAAGGCGACGUUGGCGGAGCGGGGCAGAUGUGACAGAAUUUUUAAAUAAAAUUCUCAUUCCAGAAAAUGUGCCUAAGAGUCCCUAAGGACUCAAUAACAUUGUUAGCUUCGAUAUUUAUAAUGUAAUGAGCCGAUACGAGUGUUAUAUCACUUUCAUCUACUAUAAAUUUAGCUACAAAUAUACUAAAUAGUUCUAAAGUUUUCAGGGCGCAUAUGUCCCGCUCUCAAAUUAAACGGUAGUUAGAUUUUACACUAUCUUUUUAACUUAUCUAACUGUUACUUACAUCAACAGUGUUUUCUUGUAUUUCUCGAUUUGACUAACUUUACCUUCAACAGUAAUUUAACGAAAUAACAUUUGGCAAAAUAGUCAAUUCCUAAUAGUAUGUUAGUUGUAAGUUCAAAAUUUUUCCUCAAUACAGACACGGUUUGAAGUUUGAAUGAAAACUGUCAGAAAAUUAUCGGAUUUAUUAUAACUGGAACAUCAAAAACCGUCCAUACUUUUCUUUCUGUCGUUGUUAAUUUUGCUAUGGCUUCGUUAAAUUUCUUGUUCUUUAUGUAAAAACUCACCACAAUGUAAGUCGAAAGUUUUUUAAUAAAUUUUGUAUGUUCAAUUGUUAACCUCCCACAAAUUUUGUAUUGAUAACCCGCCUAUUUGAUAUAGCAAUAAAUAGCCUAGAAUAGAUAGUUAAAUAUUUGUAUUUUAAGCUUUAACAAUUCAGAUCAUUAUAAGCUCAAAUGAUGGAAAUUAUUGUAACACAAUUUGUUAAGACAUACAGAUGAACAAUUCUGAAAUAUGAAUGCGCACAAAUAUACGAAAGGUUGAAACAUUGCUUUGUGACAGUAACUUGUUUGUUUUUGAGAAUUAAAGUAACGUGAUAAAGAGAUAUGUGGUUAAGACCGCAAUUAAAAGUGACACUGGAGGACUUGAAAUAAUAAAUGACAUAUCGAUAGGUACCGGACAGACGAGUAGGUUAUAAUCUGUGAUAAGGGCAUGCUUAUGACAUAUUUGUAACAUGUUUAUAGUCGCUCAUCUCUCUUCUCACGUAGUCUCUGUACAUACAGAUAAGCUUGAAAUUUAUAUAGUCUUCUGUAGUUCGCUUAGAGCGCCACAAGGUCUAGCAGGUUCAAUUUCUAUCUACCAUUUCUUUAUAAUCUUAUAUAUUAUCUUCAUCUUCCAAUUGAACUGUUAGAUCCUCGUGGCCAGUCUAUUAAAGUAUUCUAAGAAUCGAAUGAUCUUUUCUCUGAUUAAACUUUGAAGUUCGGCGAUAAAUUACACAUGUACUUAUAUUAAAUCUACUAAGUACGUAGGAUGCUAUAACAAAUUACUUUAUACGUGUGACUAAUGGAAAGCACAAUUAUGCGUUGUAACGCAUGCACACGUCACAACUAUGCUAAUUAUAAAUUAUAUUAACUAUUAAACACUAGAUUUCUAUCUAUCUCUUGAAUAAAGUAAGUAGUAUUUGUAAAUUUACCAUCCUUCCAUUAUUGAGGCUGUAGUGAACUGAUUUUAGUUCACAAACGAAUGGUCAUAUCACGGCGUCCCUGCCUCUCGCAUGUCAUACACCUUAGAUACAUUAACUUGCAUUUGUUCAGUACCAAAUAGCACGACCCAGAUAGGUUUCAUUCAACUUUGUUAUACUUAGUACAAUAAGAGUUGAAAUUAUUUAUUCAUUCGAUAUUUUAAAUUGGGAUUUCACGAAAAUUGAAAGACGUAAGAAAAUUAGCUAAAAUGUUGAUGGUUGUAAACCUACGCACAUCGUAGAAGCAUAGCCUUGCCCUCCCCAAACCAUGGGUCACUUACUGUCACGCCCUGCGGUCCCUACCAUCUGUAAAGGAUAUCACAGACAAUGCCAUAUCGGUGACAUUGUAUUAGACCUCACAAAUGUAUCCCGAGUUUACACGCCAAGAAGAAGAAGAGUAAUAUCAGCAUAUUUCUUCAACAUUUUAAAAAAUAUAAUUAGUUUCAGUGAAAACCCAAUCUAAACCGAAUAUCUGCUACUAGUAAACUUUACGACUUGUCUCUUAGCAUAAGAUAUAGAAACGCUAUCAUUAAAAUGUUUAUUAACAAAAUUAACAUAUAAUAUCCAGGUAGAGAUUGUUAUUAGAGUGAUGGUUUUUAUAUAAAAAAUAUGGAAUAAAAAAAUAUUAUGCAGAUAAUAAAAUCGCGGUGCACUUUUUUUGAUGCCGAAGCAAAGAACACCAUAAGUCUAAUCGUAUAUUUAGUGAAUGAUAUGUUUACUUCAACAGCUUUAAUCUAGGCGCCUCUAAAAGUGCACUGUGUGUCAUUCAUCAGUUUUCUUUAUGGCUGAAGCAUCCCGAUUUCGGGACAUGGAUUUACAAUGUUCUCGAGUGGUAUAGAUACGUCCAAUACACUACGAAAAACUUUAAGUACAGUUUUUUGCAUUCAAAGAUAAAACCAUUUUUUUUUUCGAAACAGUUUGAAAUUUAAUGAGAUUACGUAAAAGAUUUAUUGCAUUUAGCAAUAAAAAAAAUGUAUAGAAUUUUCUGUAUACUACAUGAUAUGAAACAUAAUGUUCACAACAAACUCUAAUACUGAAUCUAACAAAAAAAGAAACCAUUUUUUACCAAUCUCGGUUUCUCUUUCAUCAUGAUCUUCCAAUAAUCGUGAAAGUUAAAAUAUAAAAUUGAAAUUAUGAUGAAUAUUCGUAAAACAACAAAAUUAUUGAUGCCUCUGGAAUGAUCAGAGUAAUUGUUUGAUUAAAUACUUCGGUCAGUGAUAAAUAAAACUAUUGUUGUUAUUUUUUUAAUAACAAUUAUAUUAUUUUAGACAUUACAAGCAAUCGGCGGGAAUAUUUGUAUCUGUCAGUGUGAAAAAAUAUUUAAAUCAAGAAUGCAACAAUGACUUUCUUUUUUAUUGGUGGCCAGCCAGUAAACAUUAAUCCUCGACAACUUUUUUAAAAUUUUGUUUUUUUUUUAUUCAAAUGAAAUAUAUACAACUAAAAGCUCCGAACUCGGGAUGCCAGCGUAGGUUGUUAAUAGUGAUAUUACAGAUAAGUAAUAAUUUUAAAAAAUGUUAUUAAUUUUAUCAAAGUAGCUAAGUUUUAGGUCUUUUCAUCAUGUUGUAAAGGGAACGCCCUGUUCAGGAUUUAAUUGUGAUUUCGACAAAGAUUUAACAGUAUUACAAUGUUUUAGUGCAGUCAGCUAGUUGAGUUUUGUCAUUUUUGUACAUUAAAUUUUGCCGUGUAUAAAUAAAUAUACUUAAUUGUUGCUCUUGUCAAAGCUUCUAUGAUUGUUGACGAUAUAUUGUGAUAGUUUCUGUAAUUUAACUAGUUUAUGCAUUCAGAUGUUUAUAUGAAUCUAUUUUUUAGAAAUUGCCAAACCGAAAAAGUUUAUUGAUUUGCGAUAUAAUACUUGAAUACCUGCGAUAUAGCUUUAAUGAAACAGAAAAUGUAUCUAUCUACGAUAGGAGUGCCUCCAAGCACCGAAUUUCUGCAGCACUUUUGCUGCACGGUUGUAUGGAAUUGUAACGCAUGCGUGUACACGUGCGUUAAAAUCCCAAACGAUUUUACUAUGCACGUGUUGGAUACUGGUUCGGUGUGCACAAGCCUUAAUAAGUUUACAGUACGAGAGUUGGCUGUUUCUAAAAAAAUGAAAAGUUAGAUAUUGAUUUGUAAUCAGAUUUGAAAUUUGAUUUUCGCAUAUUUACGGAGCAUUGGCGACCCGCGCGCCGUCUGACGGCGGUAUUAUGAAAAAUUACAAUAAAAAUAAUAAAAUAGAGA